GGCUGCAUAAUGGCUGGUAAUGACAGUGAAGGGCAAAGAAAUUGCCCAUAAGGCUCUCAUGGAGCGGUUGUAUGAAGCAAUUAAGGGUCCUCACGAAUUGGCCAUUGUAAAAGUCCCGGGACAUUCGAAGGCCAACACCAUGGUGGCGAAAGGUAAUGAGAGGGCGGAUGCCCUUGCAAAAGAAGUGGCGGGCUACACGCCCCAGGGCAAAAUGAUGCUGGCGACCUAAUGUUGGGGAUGAACCCCCAGGCCUGCCGUUGGCGCCAGAAAUCGCACUGGAUGACAUCAUGAAGGUGCAGGGUGAGUCAUCGCCGGAACAGAAAUUAAUGUGGGUCACCUCAGGGGCGGUCAGGCGAUCGGACAGUCUUUGGGUGGGUCCCAAGGGCCAACCAGUGUUACCUGAGGGACAACUCAUGACCUCGGUGUUGUCAGAGGCCCAUACAGUGGCACACGUGGGGCCUCAGGCAAUGCUUCCAAAACUUUGUCAGUGGUGGCACCCAAGGUUGCAGGAGGUGGUCUGGCAGUUUGUGGUGGCCUGUAACCUAUGUCAAACAUUUAAUGCGAGGCCAACUUUAAAACCCAAGCCAGGGGCAUUCUCUCCGGUGGCAUGGCCUGGAGCGGAAAUUGUACUUGACUUUACGGACAUGAUUGACAGGGUCAAUGGGAAGCGGUUCCUCUUGAGGCAUAUCCGUGUGCAAAAGAAGAUGCCACGUCAGUAAUUAAAGCCUUGGUAACCCAUUACAUUCCGACUCAUGGUUUCCCUGCUUUAAUCAGGUCUGACAAUGGUACACAUUUUAACAAGAGGGCGCUGGCGAAGGUGGAGAAUCUCUUAGGCCUCAAGCAUCGUUUUGGGUGUGUGUACCAUCUUCAAAGCCAAGGCAAGGUAGAAAGGGUUAACAGGAAUCUAAAGGAAAAAUUGGCUAAAAUCAUGGCCCAGACAAAGAUGCCGUGGCUACAAGCUUUGCCCCUAGCUCUGUUGGUGGUCCGCCAAACUGUUCACAACAUUACUGGGUCCGCACCCUUCGAACUGUUAACAGGUUGCCUAAUGCCAGGUCCUAGCUCAACCUUGGUUCCGCCGGCUGACUUGCCGACUCCGGAUUUAACACAUGCUGCGUACUGGAAGUAUCUUCAUACACUUGUUUCCAGUGUGUCUGCACAGGUCACGGAAAAGGCGGCUGUCAACACUUUGUCAACACCACGGGAUCCCGACAUUACACCAUACGUCUACCUCCGAGUGCUGUCCAGGAAGUGGACUGACCCUCGCUGGAAAGGACCAUUCAGGGUUCUGGCUAGAACCUCACACGCCUUCCAAUUGGAAACCAAGGGUCAUAAGUGGUAUCAUUACUCGCAGUUGAGACCGGCACCUGACUUUGUACUUGACAAUGGUGAGCGUGAAAGUUGACUGCCCGGACGGGCAGGUCAAGAGAGGGAAGGUGAAGAUGAUCAGAAUUGAGUCUAAAUUAAAGAUGUCAACAAUGUCUGUGCCUGAAAAACAAUUAACAAUCUCAACAAUGUCUGUGUCUGAAAAACAAUUUCUUUUACGAUUCCGAUUUUAUUGCUUUUCCUCGCAUCAAUAUGCUUUGUGUGGACCAUGCUGGCGCUAGAAUCUGUUAUACAGGAUGAAAGAAGUGAAGGAGUGACUGUGGACAGCAAUGGAACGGUGUGGUAUGAGGGACGGGAAGGUGGUGGUGCUGAGCUGACACAGACACAACAAAAACUGAUGAGUUUAAAAUGUAAUCAACCGACACAGGUGAGCACGUGGGGAAGCCUAAAUCUGGAAAAGAAAGGGGACACAGGACGGCCCCAGGAGGUGUAUUGGAACAGAGAUAUGAGGAGCAUGGGUGAGAAGGUGGUCGGGAUGAGGGAGGUUGCCCGACUCGGACGGGACCCAUGCGGACAGGAACGAGGCGUGGUUACAAACCAAUUGUAUUUUUGUUAUGGGCCAGGUGUAAACGAGACAGUGAUCAUGUUAGACUUGAGUACUUUUUCAAUUGGGGGGUGGGCAGCAACCACGUGGCUGCCCUAUGUAUGGUAUUUGGAUUUGAGAGGAUCUGAGAGAUGGCUAACAUGGAAGAUGGUCUCUCAUAUCAUCGGUAAGAAGUUUGAUAGAGCAAGUUAUGGGGGCAGUGAAAAAGCACGGAUCUGGCAGGAUAGACUUAGGAAUGUAAGAGUGACUGGGCAGGGAAACACCAAGUUUUUAUCAAUGACUCUGAAUCAAACAAAUUACCCCCUUCCAGGGAACGUGCCAAGGGGAGGAAGUGAGUGGGCACCGGGAUGUACGACGAUAAGUGUUUGUGUUUCCAAGGUGGGACGGGAUACCUGUACACGUGUUUAUUUGUGCCCCAACAAGACGGCAUUUGAGGAGUACGGUAGGAAGAAUCAAACAGAGAGCAAAACCAUCCUGACUAGAGGAGGAAAGUCGGUAAGUAGCGUUCAGGUUAAGGUGCUCCCCGGACUCAGGAAGGUAGAUGAUUGGUUCCUAAUUCACACAGGCAUUUCAAUGGUAACGAACAAUUGGUUACGAAUGGCUGAACAGGCAGCCAACACAACCAAUGGUAAUUGUUUAGUGUGCCUUGAGCCACGCCCUAUUCUCCGCAUAAUUGCAGCAGGAGUAAUUGCCCCCAACUGCAUUGUGCAGUUUUUGUAUGAGAAAAUUCUAACUGGUGACUGCACUGAAUUGGAAAAAGUUUUCCCACUGACCGGGUUGGAAAAGAAAAAGCCCAUGUUUAACACCCAGGUACACUCCUUGCACGUGCAGAUGUAUGGCUGUUCUGUGGAGGAAAAGUGUUAUACGAUAGAUUGCCACCCAAUGCCUCAGCGGCCUCAUAACCCCGUCCCAGCUCCCUGGCAGAGGCCUCUUGCUCCCGUGCCAGCUGCCAGAUUGUCAAUAACAGGCACCAUGCUCAACCACAGGGGUGUUCAGAUGUGCACUUGCCACCAGAAAGGGCCUAGUGGCGGUGACCUUCAUAUAGAGGAUGAGUACCGGCUGGCUAAGCGGAAGGUAGCUUUAGUGGUCAUUGAGGAAAAGACUCUGGCUUUGGACGAGAACGGAGGAGAAUGA